AUGGGCCCGACGUCUGCUGCGCCAACGCGCUCGCUCCCGCCCGCGCCCGAACGUUUGUCUCAGACUGCGCCAAUGCGCUCGCGCCUGCCUGCGCCUGCUCGCCUGCCCCCGGGUUUGCCAUCGCGCCCCACCUCUCCCGCGCCAACCCACCUUGCUCAACUGCGUCAAUCCGCAGCACUCGAUGGCCAACGCGUCCGCCUUCGCCUGCGCCAACGCGCCCACUUCCGCUGCGGCAACGUGCCCGACGUCCGCUGCGCCAACGCGUUCGCCCUGCUUGUGCUCGCGCGGUUGCGCCUCCCGCCCCUGCCGUUUGCCAGGCCCCGAGCGCGAGCCGCCAACGCGGUCGCGCUCGGCGCAGCUUCCAACCUCCCGCGCUCCCCCGCCCAUCCUCGAGUGCAAACCGCCAACGCGGUCGCACUCGGUGCAGUUUCUACCCCAGGCGCUGCCGUUUGCCAGGCCCCGAGCGGGAGCCGCCAACGCGGUCUUGCUCGGCGCCGCUUCCAUUCCCCGCCCGCGCGCCCGCUGUUUGCAUUACCCCGAGCACGAGCCGUCGCCUCGCCUCCCCGCCCUCUGGCUCGCUCAGAGCGCGAGCCGUCAAGGCCUUGCCUACCGCCCUCUUUCGCUCAGCACCGAGUGCGAGCCGCCAACGCGCUCGCGCUCGCUGUAUCUUCCUCUCUCAGCGCUCACCUGUCGCCUGCCCAGCCCCGAGCGGGAGCCGCCAACGCGGUCUCGCUCGGCGCAGCUUCUCCUCCCCUCCCGUUCGCCCAGCCCCGAGCGUGA